CUGCCUCUUAUCUGUCUCUCAGUGGGAGAUCUAUGAUGCCUAUAUGGAGGAGCUUCAGAAAAUGGAGAAGUCAAAAGAGAAAGAGAAACCAAAAGCUCAGAUAGGAAAGAAAGAGGAGAAGAAGAGGGGAAGAAAGUUAAUUUCACUGGAAUCACAGGCUAAUGAUAUAACCAAGAUUUCCAAUGCUGCCAAAAUAAUGGAGCGGAUGGUGAAUCAGAACAUAUUUGAUGACAUUGCACAAGAUUUUAAAUAUUUUGAGGAUGCCUCCGAUGAAUACAGGGACCAGAGGGGAACUCUCCUCCCACUCUGGAAGUUCCAGUAUGACAAAACCAAGAGACUUGCAGUUACUGCCAUCUCCUGGAAUCCAAAGUACAAGGACCUGUUUGCAGUGGGGUAUGGCUCUUGUAAGUAACAAAUACAGAAGUGACAUUGAC